UACUGUGUCCUCUCGCCACCACUUCCCUGAGCCAUGUCGUCCACUGCAGCCCAGGGAGAUGUGGCAUCCUCACAGGGAGGACACAGGGACACACAUCUGACUCCCUGCCUGCUGCAUGCAGGGACCGUUCUGGCACCUUCCCCUUGUGACUCGCCGUUCCCCCAAAUCUCACAAAUGAGACAGGCCCAGGGAGGCUGAGGGACCUGCCCGAAGUCACACAGCCUGGUGGGGAUGAGCGGAGCUGGGAACCCAGGACCUGGCCAUCCAGUCCUGUCCUGCACUGGUCCUGGGAGGCCAGGGAAGCCAUGUUUGGCUCUGGCUGUCUCUGGGAUGGCUGUGGCUACAGGUGCCCCACCGCCCUGACAGCCCCAGCACCUUCACUGCCCGAGGCGCUGCCUCAGUGUUGCCUCUUGGGAGUUCUGGGAUGGGCUUCUGACCAGGGGUCACGAAGGCCCCUGGCUGUCCCCGGCUCCCUGCCCCACCCUGGGAUGCACAGGGAGGGGUGCGGAAGACCUGGGCACCUGCUCAUGCAAAUCCCGGCUGUUUGCAUUGCCUCCCUCUGGGCCCAUUUGCCUGGUGCCCAGCACCUGCCCAAAUGCCUCCUCAGCCCCUGGGCUGGCCGGUGGGUGUAGGGGGCGCCGAGCCUGGGUGUGGGGCAAGGGGUGGUUGCGGCCACCGGGAAGGUGAGGCUGCCCCAUGCUGCUGCUGGGCUUCCCUGACCUCAGCUGCCGGGCGCCUAGCUCUGCCCCGUCCUCGGGAGGAAAGAGGUGCUGUGGGCCCUGGGAAGGGCCAGAGCUUGGGUUGUGGCUGCUUCCACCUCUAAUGGCUGCUGCUCUUCCCCCCGGGGGGCUUGCACAGAGUCGGGGAGGCGCUGCUGAGCUCCAGGCUGAACGGUGCUCAUGGGCGUCCUAUCCCAGAACUUCCAAGAGGCAAAAUUGAGGUUCACUGGAGAGGAAUCCAAGGGUCAGGGAGCCCCGUAGGACCCCUCCCAAGGCCCAGGCCCCCAUUAGCUUCCCCAGCAGGGAUGAAGGGAAGAGAAGAGGGAGUCCCCCAUCUACGGCCUAAGAGUCAUUGGGAAGGUAAGGAUAACAGUGUUGUCCAGCCCAGCCUCGUCCCCCAGGCUGAGGGUCAUGGCCAAACCCCAACCCCUACACCCUGUGCUGGGGACAAGUCUGGCCAUGCAUCCCCAGCCGCAGGGCACAUGUCCAGAUGUAGCCAGGAUUGACCCCAGCGGGUGGCCAGGUGUGGCAGGGCCUGGUGAGAGUGAAGUCCAGCCUGAGGACUCCCGCCCAGAGUGAGGACCCCCGCCCAGGGUGAGACUCCCUCCCAGAGUGAGGACCCACGCCCAGGGCUGCAAGCACGCAUCCCACCUCACUGCGUGUUCCGUGUUAAGUGGUGUCCUCCCAGACGGGGUGACACUAAUGGUGGGAUACUGUCCACUGCGAAGCUUAGAAUGUGACCUCAUUUGGAAGUGGGGUCCUUGCACACUGGGGUAGGGCAGGCCUGGGCACUCAGUGCUGGCAGAGGAGACAGACAGGCGAGGCGGACCGCACGCCAACCAAGGCGGAGGCUGGAGCCACGCGGCCACAGCCAGGGACACCUGGCGCCUUGGGAACCUGGAAGGGGUGGGAGGGACCCACCCGAGAGCUUCCAGAGGGAGCACGGCCCUGCCGAUGCCUGGAUUUGGGAUGUCUGGCCUCUAGAACUAUGAGAUCAUCGUUUGUUGUUUUGAGCCCCCGAGGGUGUGGCCCUUUGUUUCAGCAGCCGUGGGACGCAACAGCAAUGCCAAGCCUUGUCUCAGCCUCCAGCCCCCACCUAGGGCCUGGCCACAGACACGAGCUUCCAACACUGAAAACCGCCAAGCGUCUCCACCAGCGCGGGAGGCCGUAUUCAAAUACUGCCUCUCUGCGGUCUGCGGCUGGUUCGUGCUCUGCAGGCAGGAAGUGCGGGAGGAUUUGCAUUACCCUGCAGGGAAGGCUGAGGCCCACGUGGUGCUGACAGCAUCAGGGCGUCUCUGCAGGCCUGGCUGGAGAAGGGGGCUGAGGUCCGUGAGUGGGUCCUGCCUGGGGCUGGCAGUCACCAGAAGUCGUGCCAGGCUUGACUUGGGCCUCGCACAGGGACCCUGGGCAGCCGUGACAGCAGCCUGAGCUGGGCAUCUUAAAACAACGGCAAUUGAUUUUCUCAUGGCUCUGGAGGCCACCAGCGCUAAGUCUUAAGUCAAGGUGUCGGCAGGGCCAAGCUCUUGAGGGGGAUCCUCCCUGCCUCUUCCAGCUUCGGGGCUCCAGGUGUCCCUUGGCCUGUGGCUGCGUCCCCCAACCCCUGCCUCCACCUCCCCUGUGUCUUUCCCUGCUCAUCUGUCUCUAUGUCCAAAUGUCCCCUUUUUAUAUCAGAACCUGGGAAUCAGGGUUCCCCCUGCUCCAACAUGGCCUCAUCUUUACUUACAUCUUAAUCACAUCUGCAACGGGCCUGUUUCCAAAGGUCGCAUUCCCACGUACUGGGGUUUGGGGCUUGGACAUAUCUGUCUGGGGAUGCAGUAACUGUGUUGGCUCCACAGGCCUAAUGGGGAGGGCCUUGGCCUUAGCCUCUGCCCCAAAGCCAGCCCCCCACCAGGGGUCCCAGGACAUACUCCCUCUCGUGCCUGAAGGUCCCCUCAACUCCUAUGUCCCCUCCUGAGGUCACAGGUGGGCCCCUUUCUAGGAAAUGAAAGGUUUUACAGAACGGUCCAUUAUCUUCUCACAAAGGGCCUCUGUGGUGGGCACAGCCCAGAGCGCCUGGGCACAGGGUGGGCACAGGAUAACCAAGGGACAGCUCUGUGGGAUCAGGAGCUGCCGGGUAAUCCCAGGUUGGACAGGGUAGUGUGACUGGGGGCCCAGGGAGACCUCUGCCCGGUGGCCUGUGACCUGGCGCAUGGUUCCAGGAGGGCAGACAGCGGAGCAGGUGCCCUCUGCCUGCCAGGGCUUGUCCUCAGACACUCAGCUUCCAAUAUUGAGUUUUCAGACAAGCAAUCGGAAGGAGGUGGGGCCAAGCCAGGCCGAGAUCAGCCAGACUGGGGCGGCUGAGAGAUGAGGCCGUGGGCAGGGAUGGAGCCAGGACACUGAGGGGACAGCCCCGAUCCUUGGAUCCCUGCCACAUAGAGAGGGGCUGAGAUGCCCGACCUCACCGGGCAGCUGGGAGACGUGAGCCCCGUGAGGGUUGAGGUGCACCAGGCCUCUUCUCCCCUGAUCUGGGAGCGCUGAGGGAAGAGCUCUGCCGCUGAUGCUGUGUGGGCCUGGGUGAGGCCUCCCCUCUGUGUGUCCUGGACCUCCUGGGCAAGGAAGGUGGUCCCUUGUCCACACCGCCUCCUGCACCUGAGCUGAGGGCACCUGCCUCACCUUCUCACCUCUGCUCAGGUGCACCCAGGGGCUCUGCAUCCCUGUCCUGGGAGUGGGUGGGCUGUGUGGCCAGGGGGCUGCAAGGCCUCUGCUGAGUCUUCCAGAGUUUCCAGGUCAUCCCCGCAAAAGGCCUCUGGAGAAUCGUCUGCAGGUGUGGCUGACCUGAGGUGCCCAGAGUGGGAGGCCGUCAUGCAGGAUGUCCAAGGCCCCCGUACCGGAAGCCCCGGGGAUGCUGAAGACCGGCAGGGGCUAGGCUUGCACAGGGGCGAGGUCGACUUUGGAGGGUCUGGGAAGAAGCGAGGCAAGUUUGUACGGGUGCUGAGCGGAGUGGCCCCGUCUGUGCUCUUUGACCUGCUGCUUGCUGAGUGGCACCUGCCAGCCCCCAACCUGGUGGUGUCCCUUGUGGGCGAGGAGCAGCCUUUCGCCAUGAAGUCCUGGCUGCGGGACGUACUGCGCAAGGGGCUGGUGAAGGUGGCUCAGAGCACAGGAGCCUGGAUCCUGACCAGUGCCCUCCACGUGGGCCUGGCCCGGCAUAUCGGGCAGGCCGUGCGCGACCACUCGCUGGCCAGCACAUCCACCAAGGCCCGUGUGGUUGCCGUCGGCAUGGCCUCUCUGGGCCGCGUACUGCACCGCCGCAUUCUGGAGGAGGCCCAGGAGGAUAUUCCUGUCCACUACCCCGAGGAUGACGGCAGCAGCCAGGGGCCUCUCUGUUCGCUGGACAGCAACCUCUCCCACUUCAUCCUGGUGGAGCCAGGCCCCCCGGGGAAGGGCGAUGGGCUGACGGAGCUGCGGCUCAGGCUGGAGAAGCACAUCUCAGAGCAGAGGACAGGCUACGGGGGCACUGGCAGCAUCGAGAUCCCUGUCCUCUGCUUGCUGGUCAAUGGUGAUCCCAGCACCUUGGAGAGGAUCUCCAGGGCUGUGGAGCAGGCUGCCCCGUGGCUGAUCCUGGCGGGCUCAGGGGGCAUCGCCGAUGUGCUCGCUGCCCUGGUGAACCAGCCCCACCUCCUGGUGCCCAGGGUGGCUGAGAAGCAGUUUAAGGAGAAGUUUCCCAGCGAGCAUUUCUCUUGGGAGGACAUCGUGCGCUGGACCAAGCUGCCUGCCCCUGCCCCUGUCCUGGCUGAGGCGGCCCCAUCGGGGCUCUGUUCUGGUGCCCAGCUGCAGAACAUCACCUCACACCAGCACCUGCUCACCGUGUACGACUUUGAGCAGGAGGGCUCCGAGGAGCUGGACACAGUCAUCCUGAAGGCGCUGGUGAAAGCCUGCAAGAGCCACAGCCAGGAGCCUCAGGACUAUCUGGAUGAGCUCAAGCUGGCCGUGGCCUGGGACCACGUGGACAUCGCCAAGAGUGAGAUCUUCAAUGGGGACGUGGAGUGGAAGUCCUGUGACCUGGAGGAGGUGAUGGUGGACGCCCUGGUCAGCAACAAGCCCGAGUUUGUGCGCCUCUUUGUGGACAACGGCGCGGACGUGGCUGACUUCCUGACGUAUGGGCGGCUGCAGCAGCUUUACCGCUCCGUGUCGCCCAAGAGCCUGCUCUUCGACCUGCUGCAGCGGAAGCAGGAGGAGGCCCGGCUGACGCUGGCUGGCCUGGGUGCCCAGCAGGCCCGGGAGCCACCCACGGGGCCACCCGCCUUCUCCCUUCACGAGGUCUCCCGUGUACUCAAGGACUUCCUGCAGGACGCCUGCCGAGGAUUCUACCAGGACGGACGGCCGGGGGGCCGCAGGAAGGCGGAGAAGGGCCCGGCCAAGCAGCCCACAGGCCAGAAGUGGCUGCUGGACCUGAACCAGAAGAGUGAGAACCCCUGGCGGGACCUCUUCCUGUGGGCCGUGCUGCAGAACCGCCACGAGAUGGCCACCUACUUCUGGGCCAUGGGCCAGGAAGGUGUGGCAGCCGCUCUGGCUGCCUGCAAAAUCCUCAAAGAGAUGUCGCACCUGGAGACGGAGGCCGAGGCGGCCCGAGCCAUGCGCGAGGCGAAGUACGAGCAGCUGGCCCUGGACCUCUUCUCUGAGUGCUACAGCAACAGUGAGGACCUCGCCUUCGCCCUGCUGGUGCGCCGGAACCGCUGCUGGAGCAAGACCACCUGCCUGCACCUGGCCACCGAGGCGGACGCCAAGGCCUUCUUUGCCCACGAUGGUGUGCAGGCCUUCCUGACCAGGAUCUGGUGGGGGGACAUGGCUGCGGGCACGCCCAUUCUGCGGCUGCUAGGAGCCUUCUUCUGCCCCGCCCUCGUCUAUACCAACCUCAUCACCUUCAGUGAGGAAGCCUCCCUGAGGACAGGCCUGGAGGACCUGCAGGAGCUGGACAGCCUGGACACGGAGAAGAGUCUGCUGUACGGCCUGCACAGCCGGGUAGAGGAGAUGGUGGAGGCGCCGAGGGCUCAGGGUGGCCGAGGCCCGCGUGCUGUCUUCCUGCUCACACGCUGGCGGAAGUUCUGGGGCGCUCCCGUGACUGUGUUCCUGGGGAAUGUGGUCAUGUACUUCGCCUUCCUCUUCCUGUUCACCUAUGUCCUGCUGUUGGACUUCAGGCCGCCCCCCCAGGGACCCUCGGGGCCCGAGGUCACUCUCUACUUCUGGGUCUUUACACUGGUGCUGGAGGAAAUCCGGCAGGGCUUCUUCACAGAUGAGGACACACACCUGCUGAAGAAGUUCACACUGUAUGUGGGGGACAACUGGAACAAGUGUGACAUGGUGGCCAUCUUCCUGUUCAUCGUGGGUGUCACCUGCAGGAUGCUGCCCUUGGCGUUUGAGGCCGGCCGCACAGUCCUCGCCAUGGACUUCAUGGUGUUCACGCUGCGGCUGAUCCACAUCUUUGCCAUACACAAGCAGCUGGGCCCCAAGAUCAUCGUGGUGGAGCGCAUGAUGAAGGACGUCUUCUUCUUCCUCUUCUUUCUGAGCGUGUGGCUCGUGGCCUACGGCGUCACCACCCAGGCGCUGCUGCACCCCCAUGACGGCCGCCUGGAGUGGAUCUUCCGCCGGGUGCUCUACCGGCCUUACCUGCAGAUCUUCGGGCAGAUCCCACUGGACGAGAUCGAUGAAGCCCGUGUGAACUGCUCCACCCACCCACUGCUGCUGGAGGACUCGCCAUCCUGCCCCAGCCUCUACGCCAACUGGCUGGUCAUCCUCCUGCUGGUCACCUUCCUGUUGGUCACCAACGUGCUGCUCAUGAACCUGCUUAUCGCCAUGUUCAGCUACACGUUCCAGGUGGUGCAGGGCAACGCAGACAUGUUCUGGAAGUUCCAGCGCUACAACCUGAUUGUGGAGUACCACGAGCGCCCCGCCCUGGCCCCGCCCUUCAUCCUGCUCAGCCACCUGAGCCUGGCUCUCCGCAGGGUCUUCAAGAAGGAGGCCGAGCACAAGCGGGAGCACCUGGAGAGAGACCUGCCAGACCCCCUGGACCAGAAGGUCGUCACUUGGGAGACAGUGCAGAAGGAGAACUUCCUGAGCAAGAUGGAGAAGCGGAAGAGGGACAGCGAGGGGGAAGUGCUGCGGAAAACCGCCAACAGAGUGGACUUCGUUGCCAAGUACCUUGGGGGGCUGAGGGAGCAAGAAAAACGCAUCAAGCAUCUGGAGUCACAGAUCAACUAUUGCUCGGUGCUCGUGUCCUCUGUGGCUGACAUGCUGGCCCAGGGUGGCAGCCCCUGGAGCUCUCGACACUGUGGCGGGGGAAGCCGGCUGGUGGCCUCUGACCACAGAGGGGGUUUAGAUGGCCAGGAACAACCCGGGGCUGGCCAGCCUUCCUCGGACACCUAAGCUGCUUGGCCUGCCAUAUGUGGGGCCACCUCACCUCAGCAGGCCACCCUGGGUCUUGUGCACUGACCUUUGCCGACCUCCAGCGGAACCCCCAGGGGGCAGCAGACCCCCCAGCAGACAAUGGCCCUCCUGGUGCCUCACCAGACCCUCACCCAAAGGAACCGCUCCUUGUCCCUCCUGGCCUCCCUGGGGGCACCGCAGUGUCAUGGGGCUGUCUACCCUGACAGGCACAACUCCCCGGGCAGAAAAUGUGCCCCACCGUAACCCUACCUGGAAACUGACCAGCCUGCACCGCAGAAAAGCUGGCCCUGCGGUGCGACGGGGGAGCACCCCCAUCCAGACUGAGCAGCUGCUGUGGGGUCUGCACCCACCCCUGCCCUGACUUGUGUUGCCUGACAAGAGACUCAUCUUUUUUUGAAACA